AUGGGAACGGGAUUUUUCCGUGUCAUUGUGACAGGGCCGAGCGAACCCUCAGUCCUCAGCAAAGCAAUCGCUGCGACAAAAUCCAACGGGAGAGACAGAGGCAAAUUAGUAGGACUGUGUAUCGUGAGCAACAGAGGACUACGCCUACUCCUUCAUGGAGACAGGCCAAUUUCUGUGCACAUUAGCCUGUCAGUCAAAGCCAAGGAGUCCUGGAGGAGCGUUGGUGGAGCGUUGUCUGUUGGCCCCUGCGGCUCCGUUUCGGAAGUGACGGCCAUGGAUGCAGUCCCCGUCCCCCCACCCCCGACCCCCCCGCCGCCCCCACCUCCUCCGCCGCCCCCCACCGCCUCCAUGACCCGCCUGGACUCUGUGCGUCGCCAGAAACUGCGGAACCUCAACUGGGAACGCAUUCCGAAGGAGCGCGUGGAAGGUCGGAAGAGCGUGUGGAGCGGAGCUGCCGCCGGGGACGACGACUUCCCCAUCGACCUGCACUCUCUAGACGAGCUGUUUGGGCAGAAGGAGUCUGAGACCAGACUGGACCGGACCAGCGGCUUCAGACGCAGCCUGCUCCGCUGCAGGUCGCCCCAGGAGGCCAGCGUUGACAAGAUUUCGCUGCUGGACUCCAAGCGAAGUAUGAAUGUGGGAAUUUUUCUGCGCCAGUUCAAGACGCCUGCCAAGGAGAUUGUGGAGGAUAUCAGGCAGGGGGCCGGGGAGCGCUACGGGGCAGAGAGACUGACAGAGCUCUGCAAACUCCUGCCUGACAGUGAGGAGGAGGCCCGUAUGAAAAGAUUUAAUGGAGACCAGAGUUUACUGGGAGAACCAGACCUCUUCUUGCUGCUGUUGGUGAAUGUGCCGAGCUUUCGCUUGCGUCUGGAGGCCAUGAUCCUGCAGCAGGAGUUUGACCCCGCUGUGACCUCUCUCUGUGUGGCAGCCAGAUGUCUGAGGGAGGCAGCCAGAGAGCUGCUGAGCUGCCAGGAACUGCACUCCAUCCUACGCCUGGUUCUCAAGGCUGGAAACUACAUGAACGCUGGAGGAUACGCCGGGAAUGCGGCGGGAUUCAGGAUCGCCUCUCUGCUCAAACUGGCCGACACCAAAGCCAACAAGCCAGGCAUGAACCUGCUCCAUUUUGUUGCGAUGGAGGCAGUGAAGAAGGAUGUGAGUUUGCUGUCGUUUCCAAACCAGCUCACCCAUUUGGGUCCAGCCUCCAGGUUAUCAGAGGAGUCAGUGUUGGAGGAUCUGUCACGGCUGCACAGCAGGGUGGCCUCUCUGAGAAACAGUGUGCAGACAGAGCCAGAGAUCCAGCAGCACACCAGACCCUUCCUGAAGGUCGCGGAGGAGAGGCUAAAGGAAGCUGAGGACGAGGUGGAGAACUUGAGAAAAACCAGUCAGGCACUGGUGGAGUUUUUCUGCGAGGACGACAGCUCUUUCAAACUGGAAGAAGCAUGCCGCAUCUUCCACGGUUUCUGCCUUCGCUUCCAAAAAGCUGUCAGGGAGAACUCCGACCGGGAGCUGAAGGAGCAGAGGAGAGUGGAGCGAGAGCGGGAGAACGUGAUGAAGAGGCGCUCGUUGGCAGUGUGCGUCGGGGUGGAGCUGGACGGAGAGCCAGACGACCUGGAGCGAACGCUGGAGAGGAACCUGAGCUGUACGUGGAGUCGUCGCAGCUUGCGCAGACACUCCCAGCACUUCAACCCCGAGGGGAGGAACUCUCAAAACCUCAGCACGGAAGGGAGGAAAACCUUCCGGCCCUUUAACACGGAGGAGAGGAACUCUUUCAACCUCGACGGUUCUGAGGAAAAAAAUUCCCCUCGCCAACACCUCAAUUUAGAAGGCUUUGGCCGACAAUCCACACUAAGCAGGCAAUCGCUGAACGCAGAAACCACUAACACUACUGGUUUUCUACGUGGUCUUCACACUGAUACAACAUUAUCCCAGCAGGAGCUGACCACAGACUCUACCAGUGGCCACGCCAUUAUUACCCCCUCUAGCAUAAAAUACAAUCCAGGGAGAGCUUCGCCCAGGGACACCUUUUUGCCAUUAACACCAUCCAACGUUUCCUUAUGUAAUCAACAACAGGAGACGACCGGUGCCUCACAGCACGCGGGGCUGUCCCCCAACGGAGUUCUCAGGACUGAGACGCUCGUUCAAGAGACUUCUCAAAGCGCGUCGCCAAUAGAAACGGAUGCGCCUGCCCCUGUGGUGGAGCAGGCCGAGCCUGGCCCCCUGCAGCUGCUGUCUGAGAGAGGAGUGACUCCACAGACAUGCACUGAGAUGGCCAACCGCCCAGGAGGGGAAACCUGGCUGAGCUCCUGCCUGUCUGAGUCCGCUCCGCAGUUGGCUCAGGAGGCUGGGGCGGCCAGCCCGGACAGGGAGUGUAACUUUCCGCGGGUGGGAGAAACCGUGGAGUGCCACACGCUGGUGAGGGGACUGCGUUCGUACGAGAACCUCACGCCUUCCGCUCCCCGGUCGGCGUCCAACCACUGCUCCAAGUGGAAGAAGGAGAGGGAGGCGGAGGAGAGGGACGGAGCCUCCUCCCCCCAUACCAAGGAGGACCCUCGUAGUGGGAAGACCCCCACACGCGGGCCCAAAAGGACCCUGGUGCCUCGCAGUGGGCCGUCCAGCAGCACCAGCGCUCUGAAAGUCCGUCCUAAGGUGGAACUUCUUCCUGCGGACGGGCCGUCGAAUCCGCGCGCUACUUCCCUAACGCCUCCUCGUACCUCCUCGCUACGCUCCUCGCCGAUCACGCGCCCCACCAGCGUCCAAAACGAACUCAAACGCAGCAGCAGCGUGCGGGAGAAGACGCAGACCCAGCCCGACCAAACGGUUAAGCAGAACCGUCGGCCCGCGGAGAGAACCGUCGCGGAGAGAGAAAAGGCGACCGCUGUCCGCGAGCCUUUCGUCAGGGGAUCCACGUUACGAGUUUCCAAACGUCUGGCUCCCAAUCCCGAGUCCCAGAUCCCUUCCCAGCCUCGCCCCGUCGCCAGUCCGACGGCCACCACCGCGAAGACCAUCCGUACGACUGUGAUUAACGCCGCCAAAGCCAAAACAGCCAAGGGCUCUGAGUCCGCCUCCUCCAAAAGCUCAGGGACACGAAUCCCUGGCUCCAGAAUGCCACGCCCUGCAGCCCAACGCACCUGGAGGUGA